AUGUGCGCUAUAAUUCCUCCAUUCCUCGGUGCAACUAGCGCUAUGCGAAGCUUCAUAUUUCUCACGUCUCUUUGUAUUAUUCAUGUAUUUCCGGCCCAGAUGGAAAAGACCAUCCCGGAUAAGUUUUUUGGUCGAUUUGUUCUUGAACGAAGUGAAAAUUUCGAUGAAUUCCUCGCAGCCAAGGGUGUAAACUGGAUUUUGAGGAAGAUGAUACAAUUUGCCAGUGUCACCAAGGUUAUCGCCAAAAACGAAGUCUCUGGGUACAACUUGGACAAUCUGACAUCAAAGAAGAACACCUUCUAUCAUGGCUGGAAACUGGGUGAAACAUUCGAAGCAGAUGGGAUGGAUGACGUACGGCACAACAUCACCUUCAACUUUGAAAACGAUACCCUCACAGAAAAACAUGUGCGGCUGAACGAUCCAAAUGACAAGGGGGAAACGUAUUACUAUAACAUCGAUGAGGAUGACAAACUUGUUUUGAAAAUGGAGAAUCACGGAAUAACCUGCCGCCGUUGGUUCAAGCGAGAGAAGAAGUAA